CACACACGCUUCUCCCUACGCGGCGAACGCGGGACAGUGCAAUGGCGCGGCAGCAUCGAGGGAGCUCCAUGGCUCGGAAUCGCAUGGGAUGAUCCUCGCAGAGGCAAGCAUGAUGGUGUCUAUCAAGGCGCACAGCUCUUCACCUGUCGACCUGGUACGGGCUCCUUCUUGCGAGAAGGCAAGUUCAAGCCAGACCCGACCGUCUGUUUAUCAAGAGCACUUAGGGAGAAGUAUCAAGAGGCAGGGAAUCUACUUGCAGAGAUGUCUGUUGCUGGUAUCGACCGUGCUGCUCAACAAGUUGGUUUCAGGCGUGCUCAGGAACGGUAUAGCGAUGUCCAAGCGCUGAAGCUCGUCUCGCUUGAGGCACGUUGCAUUGAUACACUGGAUGAGGUGGACUUGCCAUGCUGCGAGGAUUUCGAUCUCUCGUGCAACUUGAUUGACGACCUCGAUUGCGUGGCGCGUCUCUGCCUGUCCCUGCCGCGUCUGAAGUGCCUCAGGCUUGCUGGGAAUCGCUUUCGCCAGCUAGAAACGAGAGAAGUGACAGUAGAGACGCUGCAUCUCGGUGAUACAAUGCUGUCCUGGGAUGACAUUCUCAUACUCUGUACACGCUGGCACGUUAAGCAUCUAUUCCUCGAGCACAAUGAGCUCCAGGAUCCUGCAGCAAACCUCAAGACGGCGCCAGAGGUGCAGUCUGUUGAAUUGACAGGCAACUCCAUCACAGACGUGCACAGCAUCACGCGCGUCUUUCCUUCUCUAGAGUCCUUGUCUCUGACUGGCAAUCAGGUCGCUGCCAUUUCCUCUGUGACGCUGUCGCACCCGCUAAGACGACUCGCCCUCCAAGAUAAUCCACUCCCUGUCGAUGCGCUGAGUGCAUUGCCAUAUCAGCUCAUAGAGCUGUCCAUGACGCAGCUGGCUGAUCCAGAUGCUGACCUGGCUCGGCGGCUCGAUAUCCUCAAACACUUGCCCAGCCUGCAAGUACUUAACAAGACACGCAUCACGGCACAAGAAAGACAAGAUGCACUCGCCGUUGCUGCACCGAAACGCGAUGCCAUGCUGUUGGCGCAUGAUGUCUUGAAUUUAACACUCGCCUGGGAGGAGGAUAUGGUUGAGGUGCGCGUUCUCAAGUCACAGACAGUCUUGCAGAUGCGCAACUUGGUGAAGCACAUCUGUGGUGUCCGUCCUUCCAGUACUCUGCAGGACGACGCGACCCUCGACUCACUUGGGCUUGAGUCUGGUGGGAGACUACUUUUUCAUAUCCAUGGCUGAUGUAUAGGUGUUCUCCUCUAGCAGGCGAUCAAGCUCUCUGCGAACGUGAUCAACCUGAUUUUUCGUGACGAGGAUGCGGUAGGCGUCGAGGUCUUCC